AUGUCGUUUAAGAAUAGAUUGACAGUACUGCUGAAUGAAAAAGAUACGUUUGAUGAGUACAUAAGUACCAACGACACUCACGUUAAAGUUAAAGGUAAGACAGACGGUAUCCAUUUACAACAAAGGUAUACUAUUGAAAGAUCUGAUGCGAGUACAAAGUUACCUGAUGAGAUUCUCCGUUUAACUUGGAGAUCUAUUGAUGGAAUGAAACGUCCUUCUGUCAUAGAACCUUUUUUAACCUUUGGGUUCAAUGCUUAUACUAAUGUAAAUUCUGAACUAUUGGGUGACUACAGCAAUUCUGUCGAUUCCAAAGUAUACCAUGUCUUUCAUGGUGAUUCGUUACUUGAGAUGGAAAAGAUUUUGUUAAAAUAUGAAGAUAUCCCAACAAAGUUGAUAGAUUUCGAUAUGGGUAAUGACUAUGACAUUAUUAUUGAUAACAAAUCGGUUCAGAUUAACGAAUAUAAAAUUUUGCAUGAAAAUGAUAUUUUCGAAUAUGGUAAAAGUGAAUUUUUUGAUUUCGAUAAAAUGGAAGCUGGGAUCUUCAACUUAGAGUCACAGGAUGAUAUUGACACUAAUCUUGGUGGGAUUAGCUGUAUUUGGAGGGCUGAGGAUAAUAAUAUUGAGAAAUGUCAAAAAACAAUGCUCUUAUUUAAAUCAGGCCAUAUCGAAAAGGACCAGAGAAAUGAAAAAAAUAUCAUUGAGAUUGAACAACCUGUAGGUUUGCAUCCAAAGUUAUUAGUAAACUUAACCGAUAUAAGAGUAUCAGAUGACCAAUGUAACAUUUACAUGUUCCUUCAGCUUCCACUUGAAAUAUUUGUCGAUCAAUAUCAAUCGGACCCUUUUUUCCUAUUUGGAGAACAUGAUUUAGAAUUACCAUCUUAUAAAUUAAAAGAUAAAGCUUGGGGUUCUGAAACACUAUUUGAACUUGAACCAGGGAUGGUCAAUGAAAUAACUUUGCACUCAAGAUACGUAGAACCGUUUAGUAAUUUAUCAGAAAAUUUAAACAUGGAUGAUCAUUUUAUAAGUCAUAUAGAACCAAUUGUAUUUGAAGAAUGUGCUACAGGUGCACUUAAUCUAAAGUCUAAUCCAUUUUAUUCAAAAAAUCUUGGUUUAGAAGCAUUUUUUACUGAGGAUACUAUUUUCAAGCAUAUAGAGACAAAAUCUUUUAAUAUUCCAAUUCCAAGACCAAAUUCAUCAGAAUACGAAGCAACUGUUUAUAUUACAGUAUUCUGCCUUGUCACAUCUAUAAUAUAUUUACUUUACAAGAUGUUUGGGAAAUUGUCAAGCAAACCUACAACAAUUGAUAAUUCGUCAACUGAGAUUAAAUAA